AUGGAGAUCGAGAAUGCUAAGUUUCUCACCUGCAUUGAUACCACUGUGCGUUAUUGCUCAUGUAUUCCCGUGCAGAACCUGAAGACUGACCCUGUAUUUGAAGCAUUGGAUAAGAUAUUCCGCCGUUACAACAAGACAGGCUUUCAAGUCAAGAUCAUCUUUACAUGGAUAAAUGAGAGAUACGGAGGACUAAAGGAAGUGACUUGCACACGGGGACAAGUUCACACCUAUCUGGGAAUGACAUUGGAUUAUUCAAAGAAAGGAAAGUUGAAGAUUCGAAUGGACGAUUAUGUCCAAAGAAUGCUCGACAAGUUUUCUGUCAAGUGUAAAGAAGAUGACAAACAGGAAACACCUGCUGGCAAUAAUUUGCUGGAGGUAGGAAAAGGAAAACUAUUGGAUAAGGAUCAACAGGCCGAGAUUCACAGGUUUGUUGCAAAACAUUUGUUUUUGACCAAACGCGCGCGUCUGGACAUGCAUCUGACGGUGGCAAUUUUGGCAUCACGAGUUCAAAAUCCAAAUCAGAGUGAUUGGCAUAAACUCGUGAGACUUAUGAGAUACAUGCACUCUACCAAGAAAUGGCAUCUCACGCUGAGCGCUGACAACCUUCGUGUAAUGAAGUGGUAUGUUGAUGCGUCUUUUGCGGUUCACCCUGACUUUAAGAGUCACACAGGAGGAGUGAUGACCAUGGGUGGUGGAACUAUGCAGGCUAUGUCCAUGAAACAGAAGUUAAACAGCCGCAGCAGUACACAUGCGGAACUAAUCGGAGUAGAUGAUGCAAUCACACAAGUGUUGUGGACACGUAUGUUCAUGGAAGAACAGGGUUAUCCAAUUGAGAAGAGUAUCUUGUACCAAGACAAUAUGAGCUCUAUUCUCCUCGGAAAGAACGGGAGAUCAAGUGCAGGAAAGAGAAGCCGCGCAUUGAACAUCCGCUAUUUCUUUGUCACUGAUCAGGUUGAGAAAGGAAAUCUUACGAUCAAACACAUGCCAACCGAUGACAUGUGGGGGGAAUAUAUGACGAUACCUUUGCAAGGGGACAAGUUCCGCAAAUUUUGGGCAUUGAUCCAAGGGGAUCAGGAAGAUUAG